CCGCUCCACGCAGAAUGGGACCGUGAUCGGGGAAAUAGCUAAAAUGUUUUUUGCAGGGAGCGUUCUUAACGCGCUUCUAAUUAAAGACAUGCCGGGGUAAUCCACAAGGGACAGGUCCUUACGUCUGCAACAGAGAAUAAAAAGUGAGCGAGCCUCUGGCGAAAGACCUGAUACUUCAUCAGUACACAGAAGUUGCCUAGUGGACUUUUAUUAUUUUCCACCCACUUUCAGGUCGAUAUUACACAGGAUGACCACACUCGCAUCCAAUAUACAUAUAUAAGAAACUGGCUCACUAUUUCAUGGUGCAGUGCUAGAUCUUGGAUCUUGUAAUAUAUGGAGCAAAGAAGAUUGAAUUUUUCUAGCUCGAAUCACAAUUACAAAAUAUAAUUGAACACUGAGAGGUCCGCUAAAGAGAAGAGGAAAAACAUCUGCAACAAGAAACAACAAAGGGUUAUAAGAGACGAUUGAAAGCACAGAGGCUCGCUUUUCUGAGAUUUCAGUGGCAAUGAGUGGACUGCGAAAGCCUGCUGUCAUUGGACUGAUACUCUUGAUCUGCACUGCUGGAUAUUGUAAGGAGAACACUGUUCACACGGACACACGAGAGGACAAAAGCCUUUUCGAACGGAUCAUGGACAUCGUGAGACAUGCGAGAGAGCAUCGGGGAAGAAGCGGAUGUACACUACAGCAUACUUCAAAAACACAAGAAUACUCAAUCGAUCCAAAGGAAGUGCACGAUUAUAAAUCAUAUAAUGAGGAUCAAAUUCUUGAGAUUUUCCCAAGAGAUCUGAGAAAGAAAGAAAAGUUUUUAAAACAUUUCACAGGUCCUCUGUACUUCAGUCCAAAGUGCAGGAAACAUGUUUACAGGUUAUACCACAACACCAGGGACUGCACAAUACCAGCAUACUACAAACGAUGUGCCAGACUUCUCGUUAGGUUAGCUGAAAGUCCAAGAUGUACAGAAGGCUAGCUUAAGCAGAUUUCAGCAAAACCAGAUAUAUUCAAGAAGCAAGAAAAAGUGCCUUGGGGAACCAGAGAACACAAACCAUUUAUAUCAUCCGUCAUACGCCAUUGUGAACAAAGAUUUAUUUUUUACGAAAGGAAAGAUUUACUUCCAUAGACGUCUUGGUAUGUUGUCUGUGUGCAUCUUGACAAGGAUAGGUUGACAAUAAAAUGGUACGUGUGAAGAUAUAGUUUUUAAAAAAUAAAACACGACUACAUGGGUUCCUGUCCUGCUGCCAAAAACAAUCUAGGUCUUAUUUUUCAGAAAAAAGAAAAGGGAUUUUUUUUAAAGCAACAGUUAUGUUAAUGUUAAUGUCUGACAUGCCUUUAUGGGCUUUAUUUUUUUAAUUUACAUUUGUUUCUUCUCAGCACUGGCUAUUACUUGAGAGAAAGCUUUCUUGGACCACUACAGUCACACAUUUCUAAAUGCUGGGAUCACACUGAAAACUUUGAUUAAAUUAUUAAUUGCAUGACAAUUUUCUUGCCCUUUGUCUUUGCAAGACAUUAAAGCUGAGACAAUACAGUAGAUUAAGUGCUGGUUACAGUUUACUUCGCUGAAAACAUAAACGGCAUUUCUGUGAAACUCAGUUGAGUGUGGUAUGUAGUACAUUUAUAUAUUCCAGCUCGUCAUUUGCCUCUUUGUACAUUUAAUGUAUAAACAUUCCGGCUAGCGUGCAAUAUGUAAAUACUGUAAAAAAAAA